UUUGCCCUUUAAUCUUGGAGAAACUUGAACUGGGACCAAACUUUGGUUUGUGGUUUUGGUUCGGAUCCAGCAGAACAUCCAGCAGGUUCUGUGGUCAUGAAUCUUCAGGAGAAGCUGUCCGGCCUCAAAGGCCUGGUGUCGCCCGGCCGGCGGCGCCAUAAGGGCGACCUGACGGCGGAAAUGAUCAGCCCCCCGCUGGGCGACUUCCGCCACACCAUGCAUGUUGGACGCGGCGGCGACGUCUUCGGAGACACGUCCUUCCUGAGCAACCACGGCGGGUCGGCCAACGGCGGCAACGGCGACGCCGACUCCGUCUCCUCGCCCGACAAUAAGAUCGGGGCGUUUUUCUCCAGAACGCUGCGUCACAUCCGGCGGGGCUCGGACAACCGACCGCGGGACGCAGCGAAGGAGCUGUCGCCGCCGCCGCCCGCCGUGUCGCCCAUCAUCAAGAACGCCAUCUCCCUCCCGCGGCUGGACGUCGACGCGCCCAACGGCAGUCCCACCGCCAGGCCCACCGCCAGACCCACCGCCAGACCCACCGCCAGACUGUUCCCUGGAUCCCCGCCAGACCAGGAGAAGAGCUCCUAUGGUCCAGAGUCCGGGUUCGUCACUCUGCCUCGUCUGUCCCGGUUGGACCGCCAGCAGCCGUCCAUCUCCUCUGGCGUUCACCGCGGCUCUCUCACCGACCAGACCGACGCCAUCUUGUCCACCUGCUCCGCCGCCAUCGUGACCUCUGAACCCAAAUGGACGACCCGCGGUGCGUACUCCGACUCCUUGCCCUCCCUCGCCUCCCUGGACACCUUCACCUUUGACCUCGGCCCGUCCCUAAUGAGCGAAGUGUUCGGGCUGAUCGACGGGCGCCCAGAGGAGAGCGCCGCCGUGUGGCAGACGGGCGAAGCGGAGUCGGCGUGCGGGUCGGACGGUUCUGCCACCGUGUCCUUCGUGGACUCGCUGCUGCGUGAGGACGGUGGCGGCGGGACGAGUCCUCACCGGUGUGAGGAGGAAAACGCGGUAAGGGGAUUCUCCGGGCAAGUACCGGACGUGCUGCUGGGUUCUGCUGAGCGGGUCGGGGUCCGGAUGGACAGCCAGCGGUUUCAGAGCGCUACCGACAUGCUAGCACGCCACUACGGCGUCGGCGUCUUAAAGGGACAGAACAAGAUGGAGGAGCUCCAGAGUCAGCCCAGGAAGAAAAUAUCCUACAGCUUCAUGGACGAUGAGGACGAAAUCAAAGUCUGACAGGAAGGAACCAAAUGGACCUUCUUGACCUUCCUGGAAGAGGUCAAGACUCAUCAACAACAAACAUGUCUGUCAGUUUUUGCACAAAAUCAUGAGAUUUUUUCUAAGAAUGAGCUUUUUAGGGCGACUGUCACUUUUAAUUCAAAUAAGCUGCUUUUUAUGAGAAAAUGGCUGCAAAAAGAUGCAUAAUAAUACAACCAUACAUCUUAGAAAGGCAAAAGUGGCGCCUCCUGCGCAACCAACAAGAAUGCAGCAAGUUAUAAGGGCGUAUUUUGGGCUAUUAUAGAUUGAAAAAGAGAACAUUUCCAAUAGAAAAUUCUGAAAUUAAUAAAUGAAGAAAUCAAACAUGUUAAAUUUUGAAACUCAUUGAUUUCCAAGUUUUUUCUAGAAAAUUUCUGAAGUUAACCUGUUUUUUUUUCUAGCAAACCUUUGAAACUCCAAGUCACUUGGAGAACAUUUCUGAGAUUAAUCUCUAAACUUGGCAAACAGGAACCAUUCCUGUUUUAUUUUCCCAUCUUUGAUGGCUCUAAUGCGCCGUCGUAAAAAAUGCUUUCUGGAUGGUGAGUCAACAACAAAACUCAUCUUUUCCUACCGACCAUAGCACAGCGCACACAUCGGGAAAACCAGCUGAGCAAACAUGCUGGAGCUCUGCUGGAGUUGCUAGGUAACGGCGCAGUGUAACUCAACAAUCGGGGGGAUUUUGAAACGGCUCAUUUUCCAGACACUAAAAACAAAUUUAUUGCCAAAUAACAUAGUUUUUUUAAGCUGUCUGUUUUCAGAAGCAGUAGAAACCAGAACGGAAAUAUAAAAACAUGCUAAAGCUGAAUUCUGUAUAAAAGGUUCCUUUGAAACUGGGAGAAUUGUUCCUUUUUAAUUCCAGUCAUGCUGCUCUGCAAACAGCAACACGGGUCCAAUGUUAGCAGAGAUCGGUUCUCCGGCUCCAACAGAAAGAGACCGAGGAGAAACUAAGACGUGGAAAUCAGAGGCGAGCCAAAAAAGGCAGCUUAGAUCACCUGCAGCAGGACUAAAACCACUUUAUGUGGAAGUUACAGCCUGCUGUUCGCUUGGUUCCCCUUACACUUCCUGUUCUGCAGCAGCGACAUUCUGGGCGAGAGGAAGUCCGAACCAAACUGCAUCCCUACAAACCGAUUUCACUCAGGAACAAAUCGCACAAAACGGGAACAGAAGUGAUUAACACGGCAGAUCCAGAGUUUCUAGAUGCAGAAUGGAAACACUUGAAGGAGCAUCGGCUGAUUAUCAGGAUUCAAUGUGACAAACCAGCAAAGUGGAACAAAAUCCAAACCGACUUCUGAAGAUUAUUUGUGGAUUUGGUUUUACCAGGAAUGUCAGAGGAAAGGAAGUUAAUUAAAAUGCAUUUUAUUCCUUCAGCUUCUGUUCACCAUUUGAAAAGUUACAGUCAGAAAAUAACAGCAAUAAUUUGGGUUAUUUAACCUGUUAGAGAAAAAUGGGAUUAAUUUCUCAGUCAUAUUUUAUCUUGUUCAUUUGGAAACAUCACAAACUGAACAUUUAGAUUUGUAAGCUACAUAUUAACUAAAUAAAUCCUGGGAUUUUUAAUCACAAUGAGACACACCUGAUUUAAAAAUAAUUGUUAAACUAAAUAUUUAGUAUAACAACCAAAUAUUUAGUUAGCAAAAUAAACUUUUAGGUUGGAGUAAAUUAUUUAGCUUCAAAUUAUAUAUUUAGUUCACAAGAUAAAUAUUUAGUAUCAAUAUAAAUAUUACGCAGUUUAAGAUCUAAAUAUUUAGUUUGAAACCAACCCUAACCCUAAUAAUUGCUGUUAAGUUUUUACAGUGCAGCUUUUCUAAUGUCCUUCAUGUUGAAGCUGUUAGCUGUUGGCGGCCAUGUUUGAUGCUGCAGGCUAACCCUGCAGCUGCUCUUUAUUGCUGCAGACCUUCUCUAUGAACAAAGUGCACCUUCUUUAUUGUUUUUAUGAAGUUUUGCCUUUAAGGGACGAGUUUAAAAGUUUUUUAUUACAUUCCUGUACAUGAAGAUGACCUAUGAAUAUGUAAGAGCACCUACAGUGCCGCUACACAGCAUCACUUAUAAAAGAUGAUUAUAUGAAUGAGCAAUAAAGACAUUUUUAAUUA